GCUCCAUAUUGUGGCUUAACUUGGAAGAAAAUGGCGGAGCAGAUGGAGGAUCUGUCAGAAAGAUACUGUUUCAAUCCUGUUUUGAGAUGGAAUUCUCAGGUGGAGGAGUAUUUCACGAAGGCCUAUGGAGCUGAGCAUUUCGCCCUCAUUUCCAAAGCUCUAACGCGUCCGUCUUGUUACUCAUGUAUACGUGUAAAUACACUCAAGUCCACAACUGAUACCGUUAUCAAAAAGCUAUCAACUAUUGUUACAGAAAUGGGAAAACCAAAUUCAGAAAAUACAACAUUGAAAGGUGGCGAUGGUGAUGUCAAUGGUAUUGAACUUACGCAAAGUGGCAGUCAAAAAGCUUCAGUGAAGAUUAGUGAUGAGAAAAACCCAAUUACUGAAAAUUUUGAACAUCCGUCCAUCUCAAGAUGUCAGGUACCUGGGUUAGACUACGUUGUAUUUGUAGGGGGUUCAGGACCACACACAAUUGAUUAUGGUUAUGCAAAUGGCAGACCUCCAAAAGAAGUGAUUGUGAGUCGCAAAUGUGCAGAGGCAGUUCUUCGAGGUGCUCAGGUUUAUGUUCCCGGUGUUAUGGCUUGCAGCGCUCAUGUUGAGAAAGGGGAUGUAGUUGCUAUUUCAGUUGCUGUGGAGCAGCCUGGGCUUGAUGGUGGAUGGAGUCUUGGCAUUACUCGAGGGACUGUUGUGCAGGGAUUACCAACUGAUCCUUAUCAUCCUGAAAGGAGUGGAUUAUACAUUGGUCAAGGAACAACAGCAAUGUCAAGGGCUGGGAUUUUUCGUGUUUGCGAAGGAGUCGCUGUGGACAUGCAUAAUAGAGUAUUUAAGCUACCAUCCUUUUAUGAUGUGCUUGAGGGAGAAAUCUUUCUUCAAAACCUGCCAAGCAUUGUCACUGCUCAUGCUUUAGAUCCACAAAAAGGUGAACGCAUAUUAGACAUGUGUGCGGCACCUGGGGGAAAAACAACUGCAAUUGCCAUCCUUAUGAAGGAUGAAGGGGAGAUCAUUGCUGCUGAUCGGUCCCAUAAUAAGGUGAUGAAUAUUCAGAAACUGGCUGCUGAAAUGGGGUUGAGCUGUAUAAAAACCUAUAAGCUUGAUGCUCUGAAAUCUGUCAAUCGAAGGACUGAUUCCUGCAAAAGCUCUGAUUCAGUUUGUGUUGAUGCCAACGACAGUGUUGUGAAUGAUAGUUCCAGUUCAAUGAAUCUUGACAAUGAGAAACCAUCCUCAAUUACUGAAGUAUUGGAAGUUGAUAAGAUUAGGAAGCAAAAUGCUGAAGGGAGGAAGAAUGGUAAGAGACCACGAAAUGGUCCAGGAAGAAAUCAAUGCAUGGGCGGUAGAGCUGAAAACUCGAAAGGUUUUGCUCCCAACAGCUUUGACAGAGUCCUUCUUGACGCUCCUUGCUCGGCCCUCGGUUUAAGACCUCGACUAUUUGCUGGGGAGGAAACCCUUGCGUCGUUGAAGCACCAUGCAAAGUAUCAGAGGCGCAUGUUUGAUCAGGCCGUCCAAUUAGUCCGGCCGGGUGGAGUCAUUGUAUAUUCAACAUGUACAAUAAACCCCGGUGAGAAUGAAGCUUUGGUACGAUAUGCUUUGGAUAGGUACAAGUUCUUAACAUUGGCACCACAGCAUCCGAGAAUUGGAGGACCUGGCCUUGUUGGUCGUUUUGAGUUUGCUGAUCAUUCUGUGGAGGAAUGGUUAAGACCUGGCGAAGAACACCUUGUUCAGAGGUUCGAUCCAUCGUCGCCUCUCGACACUAUUGGAUUUUUCAUUGCUAAGUUUUCGGUUGGCUCGAAAGAUUCUGAAUAGUGGUGAUUGAUACAGGGGUCGACAUUGUUGUUCUAAGUUUAUAUCCAACUUAGUGUUGUCAAAGUUAGAUGAAUACAAUUGUUCUUGACAACUUCUCGAUCUAUUAAUUUGAGUUCCCAUACUUAGCAUCUAA